AGGACAUUUUACUUUAAAAGGAAAGAUGUUGUCUCCAAAUGAUAAAAAGUUGCAAAACCUGGAUCCGUUUUAUAGGCCUUCAUUGGCCAAGCAGAAGACCAGUGCAGAAAUCAUAAGUGAAGCCCGAAAUGCAUUAAGAACAGUGAGGACCCAAAGACCAUUUACGCCACAGGAAGACCAAAGGAAACUAUUCGGGCCUGCGUCUUCAAGGACACCAGAAAACAGACCCCCUUCCUCCUUCAGCCUCCAUGCGUCCAGUUUUGAGUCAUCUGAUUCCCGGCCCAUCUCUGGUGCACGUCUCAGCCCACUGGAGCUUAAACCGAAAGCCCCAGCAUUUCCCACCACAGAGGAGGACCCCUGCCUUUCUUUUCCUAAACCCCCAGUGGACCCUGCGAAGAUCAGAAGAAUAAGCAGCGCCCGGGCGCGCUUGUUCAGGGCGGCCUCCCAGGGGGCUCUGCUGCCAGACAGGACCCUUCUUCCCGUGGAGCGAAAGAAGACAGUGGAAUCCAGAGAAACAGCCAGGAUGGGGGGCUCUCUGACGAAAACCAAUGGGAUUCACGUAACGGAAUCUAAGGCCAUUGGCCUCAUGGAGAGGCCGCCACUUCCCCUGGCUGAGGAUGGUGGCUUCAGCGACGUCAAGGAGCAAGGGCUGUUCCAGGGGGCAGCAUCCUCACCACCUCAUCUUGGAAGCGGAGGGGACCAGGCGAAGAGGGGUUCGAGGGCUACAUCGUGCCCCAACAGCUCGGACCCGAGCAGGCUGGAAACCAGAGCAGUUUCAAAGGCUGACCCGCAAGAAAAGGACAUGGAAAUGGAAGUAGACGAUGUCUUUUGGAAUACAAGGAUAGUGCCAAUUCUGCAUAAAUUAGAAAAAGAGGAAAACAUUGAAAUGAUGUGUGCUGCUUGCACAGAACUUCAUCACGCUUUAGAGGAAGGACACAUGCUUGGAAAUAAAUUUAAGAGAAGAAGUACUCUCCUGAAGACCUUGUAUAAGCUAGUCGAUGUUGGUUCAGACCCGCUCAGCCUUAAACUGGCAAAAAUUAUUCUAGCACUUAAAGUGAGCAGAAAGAAUCUCCUUAGUGUCUGCAAACUUAUAUUUAAAAUUAGCAGAAAUGAGAAGAAUGAUACUCUCAUUCAAAAUGACAGCAUUCUGGAGUUGUUAUUGGAGGUCCUGAGAAGGGAAGACCUGCAAGCGAACACUGAAGCUUUUUUAUACUGUAUGGGGGCUAUCAAGUUCAUUUCUGGAAACCCAGGAUUUCUCAAUGAAAUGGUCAGCAAAGGUGCUGUGGAAAUACUGAUGAAUUUGAUAAAGCAAAUAAAUGAGAACACCAAGAAACACAGUACGUGUUUGCCUGAUUCAGGCCACUUGUUAGUUCAAGUGACUGCUGCAUUGAGAAACUUGGUCGAUUCGCCACUGGCAAGAAGUAAGUUGCUGAGUGUUGGUGCCCUUACCCAGCUCUGCACAGUGAUGGAACAGUACAUGAGUGACAAGGACGUCUGCACCAAUAUUGCCAGAAUAUUCAGCAAACUCACUACUUACCACGACUGCUGUGUUGCUUUGGCCAGCUGCUCCAGAUGUUAUGCCUUGUUUUUGAAUCUGAUAAACAAAUACCAGAAGAAACAGGACUUAGUUGUUCGUAUUGUUUUCAUUCUUGGCAACCUGACAGCGAAAAAUAACCAGGCUCGUGAACAGUUUUUCAAAGAGGAAGGGAGCAUCCCCACUCUGCUGUCAUUAUUCCGCACGUUCUACAAACUGGAUCUGCAUCCCAGGAGGCGAGCUGGUGAAGGAGAUGAGCAGCCCGAGGCACCGAAGCCACAGGCCCAGGUGGAGGACGUGCUCAUCAAGCUGACCCGCGUGCUCGCCAACUUGGCCAUCCACCCGGGCAUCGGGCCGGCCAUGGCUGCCAACCCGUAUAUAGUAGGCCUGCUCCUCGUCACACUGGAAUACAAGUCAAUCGAUGAUUGUGAGGAGCUGGUGAUCAAUACGACAGUAACAAUCAACAACUUAUCUUACUACCACGUGAAGAAUUCCAUAAUUCAAAACAAAAAGCUACAUAUUGCUGAAUUGCUUUUAAAGCUUCUCAUGAGUAAUAACAUGGAUGGAAUCCUGGAGGCUGUGCGUGUUUUUGGAAAUCUCUCCCAAGACCAUGAUGUCUGCGAUUUCAUUGUGGAGAAGAAUAUACACAAGUUCAUGAUUGCACUGCUGGAUGCUGGGCAUCAGGAUAUUUGCUUUUCUGCCUGUGGCGUUCUCCUAAAUCUCACUGUGGAUAAGGACAAGCAUGUCAUCCUAAAAGGAGGAGGCGGCAUUAAAAAGUUAGUUGAGUGUCUAAGAGAUUUUGGUCCUACUGAUUGGCAGCUGGCCUGCUUGAUCUGCAAAACAUUAUGGAACUUCAGUGAAAAUAUGACUAAUGCUUCGUCGUGUUUUGGAGAUGAAGACGCCAACACACUCCUAGUCUUGCUGUCGUCAUUUCUGGACGAAGAACUAGCACUGGACAGCAGUUUUGACCAAGACCUAAAAAACUAUCACAGACUCCAUUGGGAAACAGAGUUCAAACCUGUGGCACAGCAGCUUCUAAAACGAAUUCAGACUCAUCGUACCUUCCUGGAGCCCCUGCCUAGUCCUUCUUUCUAA